AUGGUUUUUAAUUCAUUUAUACGGUUUGCAAAAUUUUCUGGUAAAUUUUCAAGUAAAUUUUCAAAUGAUUCACAUAUAAAUCAACAAUUUUUUCAAUCGUCAUAUCCUUAUUUAAAUUCAAGAUAUUAUUUAAAUUCUUUAACAAAUUUAUAUCAUUUAAAAAAGACUAAAAAAUAUCAUUUUAAAAAUGAUACCACUUCAAAUGGUGAUAAAAAUCCUUUUUUAGGUAUAAGUGAUGGUCAUUAUGGUGUUUAUUAUUCAAUGUAUAAUAGAGACUCAGAAAGGAGAAGAAAAAAACAAGAUUAUAAUGAUUAUAUAAGACAUUAUAUUAUAAAACAAUUAGAGAUGAAUGAUAGAUUUGGAAUUUAUAAAUUUGCACAAAAUCACAAAGAAAAGAGAAAUCAUCAAAGAAGAAGAAGAGGAAAUUCUUUACAUAUCAAGUUUUUAAGCUUGUCUGCUAAAUUUUUAAUAUCAAAGGCUGUUUUUGAUGCAUUGAUUAAUUUUGAUAAUGUUAAAAAGUCAUUAAGAAAGAUUAUUGCUGCGGUAUAUUAUAAACCAAAUAUUCAUUUAGUACUUAAUAACUCAAGUCCAAUUCAUCAUUCACCUUCAACUUCAUCAGGGAUAUUUUCACAAGUUUUUUCAUUAUCAAAUAGAUCAUUUUCAACAACGACAAAAAUUAACCAACAAGUAACUCCUGAAAUAACAACGGAGAAGAUCACUAAUUUACCUCAAGAAGACAAUUUCGACCAUUCAUUUAUCGACUGUCAAGUUAAAAAUAUUCUAAAUGCACAUGAAUCUGAAAAUUUUAACUUAAUUUUGCCUUUAUAUCAAACAGUUAAGAGAAAUAAUUUACAAUUACCUUCAAUUGAACUUUACAAUAUUGUACUCAAAUCAAUCAUUCAUAGAUCUUUAGAUUCAGAAUUAAAAAUUGAAAAUAUUGAAAAUAAAUUGACUAAUUUACUAACUGUGUAUCAAGAUAUUUUACAAACCACAAAACCAAAUAAUGAAACUUUUGAUUUGGUAAUCAAUGAAUUAUUAGAUUCAAGUUUAAAAUGUUCAGAAAUUCCAAUCUCUAAUCAAUUUGAAUUAGAACAAAUUAAUAAUAAAGCUAAAGAAUUUGUUCAAAUAAGUUUAGAAUUAUUUAAUUCAAUUAAAGAUUUAGAUUUAACUAUUGUAUUUCCAAAAUUAUUAUCUGCAUUGAAUAAAUAUCCUGAAUUAUUAACUAAAGAAAUUUUACAAUCAUUUAUUCCAUUAUUAGACACCAAGGUUGAAAAUAAAGAUUAUAUUUUAUCAAUACUUGAUCUUUCUAAAUGUUUUACACAAUUUCAAUUAGUCCAACACAAUGAGAUUUACAACUUGAUAGAUAAAUUUUAUAAACAAUAUACUAAAUUAAGUCAGUCAACGUCAGAUGAAAUCAAAGUCUAUGAAAAAGUUUUGGUUUCUUUAAUGUUGAAUAAUCAUAGUGCACAAGCUGGACAGUUAUUAGAUAAUAUAUUGAUAGAAUACAAAAAUUCAAAAAUUUAUUCUCAAGAACAAAUUGGACAAUUAAUUGGAUCAUUUUUAAAAUCAUAUAGUUUUAAAUUUGGAAUUGAUAAUAAGACUUUCAAAUUAUUGUCUAAAUUUCAAGCUGUUAAUUUAGAAAUGUCAAUUUCAUUUUAUAAUUUUUUCAUUUGUAAAUUAAUUGAAAAUGGAAUGUAUGAAAAUGCAUGGACUCUAUAUAAUAGAGUUUCAAUAACUGAAGAUUUUCAAAACAUUUCAAAUUUAGAAAUGAUUAAAGAGGAUUCAAUAAGUUGUAGAGAUGUUUUAUUAUCAUUAAAUAUUGUGAAUCAAAAUGAUGAAAAUGUAUUUCAAUUAGUUAAAGAAAUGUUAUUUAAAGAACAUUUAAUAGCUCCAAAUGUAUUAAUUCAAUUGAUUGAAUAUUGUUCUAUUAAUAACUAUAAUGGAUUAAUAUUGGAAAUUUUGGAAUCACAAACACAAUUUUAUUCAAAACCUAAUCAAUUAUUAAGUUUGAUUAUUGAUCAUUUAUCAGCUUUAACUUCAACAAAAUUAUAUAAUUCAAAUUUUUUUAAACAAUCUUAUUUGACAUUUUCACUACAACUGGAUAAUAUUUAUGGAUUAUAUAAAUCUUUUGAAUUACAUAAAUCAACAAUCAAUUUAGAAUUUAAUUCAGUCUUGAUUAAUGAAUUUGAAGAUACAGAAAAUCAUUAUAUUGAAUUACCAGAACAAAUCAAAAUAUUCAAACAAGAAUUGAUACAACAAUUUAAACAAGAAAUUCAAAAUGCUAAAUUAUCACCAAGUAUGGUUGAAACAUGCAAAUAUUUAAACAUAAACAUAAACAUAACAAAACAACCAAAAGAAUCAAACAUUGAUAUGAAUCUUAAUACUUUAUUAACCAUAGAUUAUAAAGUAGGAGUACAAAAAUUUUUCAAGCUUUUCGAUCAAGGUUCGACAUUUGAUAUACAAACUUGGGAUAUGAUCUUAAAUAAGAAACUUUUCGAUAAGAAAAUUAACAUGAUGAAACUUUUUCAAAGAAUAUGGAUGACUGAUUGUGAUGAAUCAAGAAAAAUUGAAAUCAUAAAUAGAUUAAUUUCAUUCAAGAAAGAUAAGAUAUUGGCAUAUUUGAUACAAUUUUUUUUAAGAUAUAAAAUUUUUGAUGUUAGUUUAUGGAAUAAUUUAUUAUCUACUGCUAAUGAGAUAAAUAUAUCGAAAAAUCAUUCAACUUUGAAAAAAAUUUUGAAUAAUGUAAAAGUAUUGAAACAAAUUAAUAGUAAUUUACAGUGUAAAGAACAAUAUGAUAAAUUUUUAAUGAGAUAUGGAAAUAUGGGAAAUUAUAGAAUUAAUAUAUAA